UUAUUUAUUCCCUCCAGAAAAUUAAUUAUCCCAAUUCUCUCCAUCUAUGCCCUUUCAUUAAGUCAUGUCCACUUCUUUGUUGUUAGUAAGACUGAUUUUCUUUGUUAUCUUUACAGGGCUCACAAUUUUAGUGUUGAAAAUUUUGAUGAACGAACAGUAAUGCUCUGUGACCAAUGUGAGAAGGAGUACCAUGUUGGCUGCUUGCGUGACAGUGGCCUCUGUGAUUUAAAAGAACUGCCCAGGGAUAAGUGGUUUUGUUGUGAUGACUGCAUUAGGAUCCAUGUGGCACUACAAAAUUUAGUUUUAGUUGGUGCGGAGAUGAUUCCAGCUUCAGUGUCAUAUGCAAUACACAGAAAACACGUCGAGAAAGGAUUUACAGAUGGAGUUUCAAAUGAUGAUGUUCAAUGGCGGAUUUUAAGCAGGAGAAGUCGCUAUCCAGACCAUUUGCCAGUACUGUCUAGGGCUGUUGCAAUUUUUCGAGAAUGUUUUGAUUCUAUUGUUGCAUCUUCUGGUCGUGAUCUUAUACCUGUUAUGGUCUGUGGGAGAAAUAUAUCUGGGCAAGAAUUUGGUGGAAUGUACUGUGUCAUUUUAAUCGUAAAGUCAGUUGUAUCGGUUGGUCUUCUGAGGAUUUUUGGACGUGAGGUUGCUGAGCUUCCUCUAGUGGCUACAAGUGGAGAGAAUCAAGGAAAAGGAUAUUUCCAAGCAUUGUUUUCAUGUAUCGAGAGCCUAUUGUAUUCCCUAAAUGUUGAAAACCUGGUACUCCCUGUUGCUGAGGAAGCUGAAUCAAUCUGGAUGAAAAAAUUAGGUUUCAGAAAGAUGAGUGAUGAAAGGUUAUUGAAGUAUACGAGGAACCUCCAGCUGACGAUUUUUAAGGGGACAUCAAUGUUAGAAAAGAAGUUAUUGAAGUAUACAAGGAACCUCCAGCUGACGAUUUUUAAGGGGACAUCAAUGUUAGAAAAGAAGGUGCAGCAGAUAGCAGAUUAG